UUGCUAAGCCGGUCGCCUCUGGUUUCAAAAUCCAUCUCUUGGCAAACUAAACACGAAAUCACCAUAAACUCAACGCACACUUCGCUCUACUUCCCGUUUUUCACCUUAAUUCUCUGCGUAUAAAACCCCUCAAAUUUUCUACACAGAAACUUGUGUAUACCAUUUCAAUUUCAAUCUUGUUUGGCGAGAAAAGGUCUUUUUUGUUCGUAAUUCAGAUUGAGAGAAAGUCAGUCUUUGGUUCUUGAAGAAUUCGCAGGAUUUCUGGAUAAAUUCAGAGAAGAGAAAGAGUUUUUAUGUGAUUUUGAGGAUUGGGUGUGCGUGAAUUUACGUAUGUAAUGCAUCAGAAGAAAUCUGAAGUUCAGAUCGGAAAAGAUAGCAGUGGUGUCUCUUCCGAUUUCAACCCUAACCCCAUAAUUUCUUCUUCAGUUGCCAUUAAUUCCCCUCACAAAUUCCCUGUUUUCAAAUCGACACCUCAUUCGCCGUCUUCUUCUUCAUCAUCGCCAUCGCCAUUUUCGUCCUCUUCGUUAUUGUUGUUACCAUCACCUGAUCAUAGUAACAAUAACAGUGAUGUUACAACAGCAGCGACAAACCCUAACCCUAACCCCAGUCAUCAGCAUCAAAUUGUAAUUGAUGAUGUUGAGUUCGAUCCAUUUGCUGCACCAACACCUAAAUCAACACCUCACAAGAGGCCUCUUUUUUCGCAAACGACAGCCAGUUCAUCUUCAAACCCCUUCACGAGAUCACCUAUUUUAUCGAAUCCCCUAAAAAACUACCCCUUUUCAUCAAAAACCCAUUAUUCUAAGCGGUUUUGCAAUACGAAAGCCGCCGCAUUCCACCUCCUUCAUCGUCUCCGCCAUCUCCGCCGCCUUCGAACUCACCUCAGGUUAAUCCUUCUACUCUCUCUCCCCUUUUUCUACUUCUUGGUUUCGCAUCCUAGUCACUCCUUCCUCCUCGAUUUCCUAUCAGCUUUUGCGUUCUCAACAGCACUCUUAUUUUCCCUAAAUCUUGCUCUCCCUCGCCUCCCUUCGAUUCGAUUGUUUCUAUCUAGAUCUUUCCCGAUUAAACUCUACCCAUCAUCCCAUUCUUCAAGACCACACCUCCCAAUCUUCUGGCCAAUCGGGUCUCGACAAAAAGGAGAUAAAAGAGGAAGCUCAGGGUGUUGGGUGCAAGCAUACAACAAUGGCGACGUCUACGAAGGUGAAUUUCACAAAGGUAAAUGCUCCGGUUGUGGGGUUUACUAUUACUACAUGAGUGGAAGAUACGAAGGCGAUUGGGUCGAUGGAAAAUACGACGGAUAUGGUAUGGAAACAUGGGCCAGGGGAAGUCGUUACAGAGGACAAUACAGACAAGGUCUCCGACAUGGGUUUGGCGUUUAUAGAUUCUACACCGGUGAUGUCUACGCCGGAGAAUGGUCAAACGGUCAAAGCCAUGGAUGUGGAGUUCACACUUGCGAAGAUGGUAGCAGAUACGUAGGAGAAUUCAAAUGGGGCGUUAAACAUGGUCUUGGCCAUUACCAUUUCAGGAAUGGAGAUACAUAUGCUGGAGAAUAUUUUGCAGACAAGAUGCAUGGUUUUGGGGUUUAUAGUUUUGCAAAUGGUCAUAGAUACGAAGGUUCAUGGCAUGAAGGAAGAAGACAGGGACUUGGAAUGUACACUUUCAGAAAUGGAGAGACUCAAUCUGGACAUUGGCAAAAUGGUGUUCUUGAUGUUCCAAGCUCACAAAGUGCCACUUAUCCUGUUUCACCUGUUGCUGUUUAUCAUUCCAAAGUUCUUAAUGCAAUUCAGGAAGCAAGAAGAGCGGGUGAGAAAGCAUAUGACGUGGCAAAAGUUGAUGAAAGAGUGAACAGGGCGGUGGCAGCCGCCAAUAGGGCGGCUAAUGCCGCCAGAGUGGCGGCAAUAAAGGCGGUACAAAAACAGAUGCACCACCGAACAAACAAUGAUGACCUUCCUAUCCCGGUGGUGCAAAAUUUUCAUCAUUUGUCGGCUCAAUUGUGAGUUUAAAUUUUGGGCCUAAUUUUGUUUUUAAUGUCUGUUUUUUUUUUAAUGAGAGAAGAGGGAGAUGGUUGUAUGUGUGUGUGUGUGUUUGUGUGUGUGUUUUGUGGUGUUUACUUGUAAAGUUUAGGGUUUAGAUUUAGUGGAGGGUGGAGGGUGGUGGUGCCAAUGGGAAGAUAAAAACUCAUUAUGGCAUUUGUAUGUGUAUUAACAAAUAACAAACUACUAAUGAUGUUAUAAGAAGGCCA